AUGGCGUCUACAGAGGCCGCGCAGCUGCCCCCGGCCGCUACCCGCCAGGCCAACUUCGAACAAGCAGUCGCAUGUGCCCUGCACCUCUGGCCGGCCCUGACCCUCGCCGUGCAGAACGGCUGGGGAGGGCCUGAUUCGGCAGACAAGCGAGACUGGUUCGCCGGCGCCGUCGUCGAUCUCUUCUCUGAAUUCACCGACGCCCAGCCCGGAGAGGCGGCAAAGCCCGCCGCUGAGGAGCCGGAUAUGGAAGACGUCGAGACGGUGCUGCUGCAGGUCAUGGUCGACGAGUUCGAGGUCAACAUCGACGACGACUCUGCUCUUGAGGUUGCGAGAUCCAUCGUCAAGGCGAGAUCCGAAUGCGCCAUUGGCGAGUUCAACGACGAGGUCAAGAAGCUGCGCGAGCGCUUCGCGAACCGGAAGGGCACCAAGGUGGAUCAGAUGUUCAAGAAGGCCGAGGACCAGGACCAGGAUACCGACUGGGAGUCGGGAGACAGUGGCGAGGACGACGACGAAGAUAAGGAAGGCGAUGUCGACAUGGAUGAGGCCCCGCCCCUGGUGUCUGUCCCCAAGGAAAAGCCCGCUCCAGAGGUCGACGAUGACGGUUUCACCAAGGUCACCAGGAAGAAGAGGUAG